UUGAUUCAUGUGGCGACUUGCGCUCGUAUCAGUCCUUGCUCUUCCCCACUUUGUUUGUAAACCUACAGCAACGGCCGGACUUGGCUGACUAGAAAGCACAGCCAUGUGCAGCUGUGUGCGGAGCUCCAGGGCCAUGGCCCCUGGGCUGCUCCCCAGGCUGCUGCUCCCUCAGAUGGGCUUCAGGCUGGCGGGCAGGGGGCUCUGGACCUCCCCGCAGUGUCUGGCUGUCAGCGGGGACUCCCAGCUCCCUCCUGUACCAGGCCAGGCCCGGGUGGUCAUCUGUGGAGGCGGGAUUGUUGGAACAUCAGUGGCCUACCACCUGGCCAAACUGGGCUGGACGGACAUCGUUCUGCUUGAGCAGGGCAGGCUUGGUGCAGGAACAACCAGACUCUGUGCUGGCAUUCUCAGCAUGGCUAAACCGAUCUCCAUCGAGUCUCAGAUGGCCAACUACUCCAGCAGCCUUUACCAGCAGCUGGAGGAGGAGACUGGUGUUAAAACAGGUUAUGUGAAGACCGGUUCUUUAUGUCUGGCACAAAAUCAGGAUCGCUUCAUUUCACUUAAGCGCCUGGCAACGAGACUCAAAGUGUUGGGGAUCAACUGUAACAUUAUUAAACCCAAAGAGAUUGCCAAACUCCACCCCCUAGUCAACAUUCAUGACCUGGUGGGGGCGCUGCAUCUCCCCGAUGACGCUGUGGUGUCCUCACCCGACGUUAACCACGCGCUGGCCGUGGCUGCCGCCCGACAAGGGGUCCAGAUUCUGGACCGGACCGCUGUUCAGCAGGUGGUGGUGGAGAAAGGCCACGUUAUGGCUGUGGAGACUGAUCGCGGCUCCAUUGAGUGUGAAUACUUUGUCAACUGUGCCGGUCAGUGGGCUUACGAGCUGGGCCAGGCUAGUGAAGUGAAAGUGUCGGUUCCGCUCCAUGGCUGUGAACACUUCUACCUCCUCACCAAACCUCUCCAGGAGCCACUGGCGCCCAACACUCCAGUUAUAAUUGAUAUGGAUGGUAGGAUGUACGCGAGGCCGUGGCAGGGAGGCCUUUUGUCCGGUGGCUUCGAGAAGAACCCCAAACCAAUCUUCACUGAGGGCCGCAACCAGCUGGAGAUCCAGAACAUGCAGGAGGAUUGGGAUCACUUCGAGCCGAUGCUCAGCGCCCUGCUGAGAAGAAUGCCGCACAUCGAAACAGCCGAGAUCCACCAGCUGGUCAACUGUCCAGAGUCCUUCACGCCCGACAUGCGCUGCCUGAUGGGGGAGACGCCGGGUGUGUCUGGCUACUACGUGCUGGCAGGGAUGAACUCCUCGGGUCUGGCCUUCGCCGGAGGAGCCGGGAAGUACCUGGCAGAGUGGAUGACCUACGGCUACCCCUCCGCCAACGUCUGGCCUCUGGACAUCAAACGCUUCGGCAACCUGCAGAGCAGCCGAACCUUCUUGAGACACCGAGUCAUGGAAGUCAUGCCCCUGCUGUAUGAGCUGAAGGUUCCUCGGUGGGACUUUCAGACCGGCCGGCAGCUCAGGACCAGUCCCCUGUACGACCGCCUGGACACCCAGGGGGCUCGCUGGAUGGAAAAACAUGGCUUCGAGAGGCCCAAAUACUUUGUUCCUCCUGGGAAAGAUCUGCUGUCCCUGGAUCAGAGUAAGACCUUCUACAAGCCUGACUGGUUUGAUAUUGUCGGAGCAGAAGUGAAGUGCUGCAAAGAGGCCGUCUGUGUCAUCGACAUGUCCUCCUUCACCAAGUUUGAGCUGACUUCAACAGGCGACCAGGCUUUGGAGCUGCUGCAGUAUCUGUGCGCCAACGACCUGGACGUUCCCGUAGGACACAUCGUCCACACCGGCAUGCUGAACGAGAGGGGCGGCUACGAGAACGACUGCAGCGUGGUCCGCCUCAGCAAGAACAGUUUCUUCAUCAUCUCUCCGACGGACCAGCAGGUCCACUGUUGGUCUUGGAUAAAGAAGCACAUGCCCAACGACCCACACCUCCACCUAGAGGAUGUGAGCUGGAAGUACACAGCUCUGAAUUUGAUUGGUCCGCGAGCAAUGGACGUUCUGGCUGAGCUGUCGUAUGUCUCCAUGACGCCCGAGCACUUCCCCUCCAUGUUCUGCAAGGAGAUGAGUGUGGGCUACGCCAAUGGGAUCAGAGUGAUGAGCAUGACUCAUACCGGAGAACCAGGUUUCAUGCUCUACAUCCCCAUAGAGUACGCGCUGCAUGUGUACAACGAGGUCAUGUCAGUGGGGCAGAAGUACGGCAUCCGUAACUCCGGGUACUACGCGCUGAGGAGCCUUCGCAUCGAGAAGUUCUUCGCCUUCUGGGGUCAGGACCUCGACACGUUCACCACGCCGCUGGAGUGCGGACGGGAGUUCAGGGUCAAGUUCGACAAGGACACCAACUUCCUGGGCCGUGAGGCGUUGCUGCAGCAGCGCCAGGAAGGCGUGUUCCGCCGCUUCGUCAUGCUCGUCCUGGAGGACCACGACACGGAGCUGGACCUGUGGCCGUGGUGGGGCGAGCCCGUCUACCGCAGUGGCCAGCUGGCCGGGACCACCACCAGCAGUGCCUACAGCUACACCCUGGAGCGCCACGUCUGCCUGGGCUUCGUGUCCCCGCCGCCGGGCCCCGAGGGCCUCCCCACGCCCAUCACCCCCGACUUCAUCAACCGCGGCGACUACGAGGUGAACAUCGCCGGACAGCGCUACCCGGCCAAGGCCAAGCUGUACCCCUUCAGCUCCCUCUUCACCCAGCAGAAGCGGCGCAAGGAGGACAUGGAGCUCAGCAACCUCCAGGGGAAGUGAGGCGACGGGAAGCGCCUCCCUAGACGACACUCCUUCAGUUCACUCCUCCUGACCCAACCCAGUGUCUGGUGUGAGGGCUGGAUGUACAAGCACUUCCUGUUGGUACUCUAAAAAUCAGUUUUGGGGUUUCAUCCUCUGCUUUUAAAGUGCAAUAUUUAGAAAAGCACCUAACGCUUGAACUUUCAUCUCAUUGAAAUCCAUUUUGUCAUCCCACUCUGUCGUUCCCACCCUGACAACCCCGACUGCUGUGCCCCUGCAGUCUGUGGUUACGUGGCUUUAUCAAGGCAAGAUCAACACUAGCUGCUGCAGACUUUACCAGAUUGUUGACUUUAACCCAGGGGUGUCCAAAUGAUGAUUUUAGAAAAAAAAAAGUAUGCAACUUUUACAAAACAUGUUUUGUUUUACAUAUUUGUUAAAAUUCUCACCAUGUCAUAACAGUAUAACUUUAGACAGAUAAUCUGUGAAAAGCUUUCUUCUUCACUUCCUCCCUGAAGAAGUGCACUGCUCUGGGUCAUCAUCCUCAUGAACGUGCUGCUAAACGUGCUAAACAGUUGAUCUGCCGUCAUCGGUGGCCAUGCUAAGUAGCAUUAGCAAUAGUGACAAGGUGUGCUGAAGCUGUAUCAUAGCAGAAAGGAAGGGGGAAGGAGGAAAGUGGCAUACAGCCUUGAUUGACAGCGCUAAGGCCCUCCUUCUGGCUCUGAUUGGGUGUUUCUAGUUGGGUCUUCUGCCUUCUCCCAGUGUUAUUUUUUUUCCCCUCUUCACAGAUUGUCUCACGCUGUCACGACAUGGUGACAGUUUGAACAAAUAUGUAAGAAAAGUAUUAUUUUAUAAAAGUUACAUACUGCAGCUUUAAGGAGAAACACAAACUAUCUUAACUCCAUUUUUGGCUUUCAUCUUAAUUUGAUAGUACACAGCACCACAAGCAUCCACUAACUUUUGCUUGAAUGUAGACUUGGGUGCAUCCAUUUAUUAAAGUAGGCUAAAUAAGUGUUUGUUUUUGUUCAAAAGGGACACAUAUCAUGUUUUUGCAGCCUAGAAUACAUCUAAAAUUAUAUACAGAUACUUCCUGUGUUGAAAUCAGCCUGGUACAUUUCAUUAAAAAACUGCAUUAAGUUUGUUUUUUUACACUAGAAUUUGCAUUUUUCAUAACAAAAGGCAUAAUUUUAGUUGGGCCCCCCCUGUUGCCAAAUGUUUGGACACCCCUGCUUUAACCCGUCCUGAAGGAUUUUACUCUGACUCCACUUCAUGAGCUGUUGAGGACAUUGUGAAGGAAACACAAGCUGAUGUUGCACUUCUGACCACAAAGUUCUCAGCUGUAAAUCUGCUGCUGACAAGGAGACCGAUUUCAGAAAUUUUAUACUCUUAGCCUUAUAACAAUUUGUCAGAAAUCAUCUUUCUGUAAAAGGGAAAAAAACAACCUCAAAAAAGCCUAGGAUAAUUACUGAUAACCCAGAAUUGUUGUUUUUCAUCCACCACACUUCAUCCUCUUGCAAACACUUUGUGAAACUCUUGAAGCAAAUCAGAACAGCUUCCUCCUCUCUGUGCUGGUGUUAUCUGCUGAGAACUGCUGUAAUGUUGUUUUCAUGUGUGCUGCACUGGUGGAAAAGAUAUUUAUGUUCUCCUCUUUUCUUUUUUUGAAACGUUGACGCACUUUCGAUUUAGUUUUAUUGAAUGUGAGGCUGAGAGGAGAGCAAAUCGGCCCUUCUAGUCGUGCUGUUUUCAGUCCUCCAUAUCUAAUUGUUUUCACAUGUUUGUGUAAAGGAAAGAAUUCAUUGCAGUUUGAAAUAAAAAUGUAUUUUUGUAUAGCUGAUGUGAAUAGAAAUCUUUUGUUUUUUUUUGGUUUUCGUAUUUUGUAUCAGUUGAGUUUGCAUUGUCGCAUAAAGAAUUACUUGAA